AUGUCAUGGCAGCUUGUCUCACACCCUCAUCCUCAUCCUGGUUUAAUUCAUCGUCUAGAAGAAUACAUUGAAAAUGAUUAUCUUAAAGCAGUUACUUACCUAUGUACAUUUGAUGUUACAGAUUUAUAUACAAUGUUACCACAAGAAGAAUCAAUUGAUAUUCUGAUUGAAUUUCUUCUUGAGCAUGAUUAUAAUAAAGUCAAAGGUGUUCCAAUAAAUGAACAAACAUUAACUGAUCAAACCAAACAAUUACAAAAACGAAAAAGAUUUAUCACAACAAGAAGAUUUAUUGAAUCAAUCUAUGAAAUUUUUGAGUCAAUUAUCUAUAUCACAAGGAAAAUCGGAAAAAAAUGA